CCCUUUAAAUAUUUCGAAACGACAUGGAAACUACAGCACAAACAACAUUUCAAAAUGAUUUUACUCACAAAAAUGAUUCAGUACAUUCGAAAAAUGGACAAUUCAAACUUCGCAACGGCACUGAAUACAAAAUGCAAUACGGUGUGGAGGGCCCUAAAGGUGCUUUAGUGUUAGAUGGAUAUUCAGCGCAAGAUGUAGCUAGAGCUAUGAUUGAGAAAGGGGGCCAGGCGGAGACUUUUUACUUAUUGGACAUGGACGAAAUCUACCGCCGUAUACAACACUUAAAGAAAAUGAUGCCAAGAGUACAAAUAUUUUAUGCUAUGAAAGCCAACGACUGGGAUUUAAUAUUGAAAUUGGUGGUGUCGCUUGGAACCGGAUUUGACUGUGCUUCGCCGUGCGAGAUACAUAAGAUUACACAACUCAAUGUCAACCCUCAGAGUAUCAUAUUCGCGAUUCCAACAAAAACCAAAGAGUGGAUGACUUUUGCUAGAGAAUCUGGAGUGAAGCAUACUACAUUCGACAGCUCUUAUGAACUUAAGAAACUUAAGCAGCACUGGCCUGAUGCUAAGUUACUUAUUCGGAUCAGAGUUGAUGGUGAAUGCACUUACAAGCUGGGAGAGAAAUUUGGUUGUUACGAUACUGAAGCAAUUGAUUUGCUGGAGGAAGCUGCUACACUUGGCUUAUCUGUAGUUGGAGUGGCAUUCCACGUCGGAAGCGUGUGCACGUCAAGCGAUAGCUACGAAAUGGGACUUAAACGAGCCAAGGGUUUGUUCGAGCAUGAGGCCAAGGCUGGAAGGCAUAUGAAGAUCGUCGAUAUCGGUGGUGGUUUCCAGAGCGACUGUAUAGAUAGAAUAGAUGAGAUAGCCAAGUUGGUAAACAAGACUCUAGAUGAACUGUUUCCUGAUUCGGACAUACAGGUGAUCGCAGAACCAGGUCGCUACGUUUGCGAUAGUGCAGUCACGCAAUACAACAGCAUUAAUAACAUCAGACGCAGUACAUCGCCUGGUGAAAAUUUAAAUAUGAUUUACAUUAAUGAUGGCUUUCACGGCACCUUGCACUAUGUUGAGCCGUGGCAAACAGUAGAACUAUAUUCACCAAAGCAGCAAAAACAAAACGAUAACAGCCAACAAGAUGAAAAAGCUGAAGAGGUAAUCCUAUGGGGCCCGACAUGCGAUUCAUUCGACCGUGUUAUGAAGGACUACAAGGUCAAAUUGCCACCGUGUUCGCCUACCGAUUGGUUGAUACACCACGUUCAGGGCGCUUAUACUUGGACCUUCGCUGGACCUUUCUCUUCUGUACCUAUUCCGUUCGCAAGAGCUGUCAUCUCUAAGGAACUUUGGACGAAGCUAAAAGACUGUCCAGUAUUCGGCAAGAGUGAUUUCGUCGUAAAUCCGGAUAUUUCAGCGCCACUAUCUUCUUCUUUACCACCUCUACACAAGACUAGGGAAUUUAACAAACAACUCAACACACCUGCUUUGAUUUGAAGAUCGAAGUUGUAACUUAUAUGUGCAUAUACAUACUAAGAAAUAUUAUUAUGAACUACUUUUGUAAGUACUUACGAGUAAAUAGUACAUUAUGCACUAACGAUGCGAGCGGUUUCUUUCUUUGUUAUUUUUACCUGCUUAGCACAUUAUUUGAGGAAAGAAAAGGAGGCAGACACUCACGCACCAUCACACACCCAC